CUGCAGCCGCUAUAGGGCCGCCCCACGCCUUGUGCCCGCAGAGUGCCAGCUGAUGAAGACGGAGCGCCCGCGCCCCAACACCUUCGUCAUCCGCUGCCUGCAAUGGACGACGGUGAUCGAGCGGACUUUCCACGUGGAUUCCCCGGAGGAGCGGGAGGAGUGGAUGAGGGCCAUCCAGACCGUGGCCAACAGCCUGAAGGAGCGGCAGCCGGGGGGCGACGGGGGGGACGGCAAGUGUGGGACCCCCGGGGACAACAGCGGGGCCGAGGAGAUGGAGGUCACCGUCAGCAAGAGCAGGGCCAAGGCCGUGAGUGGGGGGAUGGGGGGGGAAGGUCUGGGGGUUUGGGUCCUAUUGGGGUGA